GCGCAACUUUUACUUCGAAUGCUUUGGAAACAGGAGGAGCAUUUGAUUAUUAUUAUUAAACUUCCAUUCCGUUGAUUGGCUAUAUAUAUACUAGUAUAAAGGAAUAACAGUAUUCAUCAGAAAGAUAAAGAAACGAAAAGGUUUUCUGUUGUGGAAGAAGGCUUUGAUCUUAUAUCGUUAUGGAGUGUAACUCAAGCGAUUCAAAUGUUUCGAGGCAAAAGAGGAAACGAACAGAGGACGACAAAACACGCUCUGCGAUGCUUGAUUUUGGUGUUCUUGAUUGCCCUAUUUGCAUUGAGCCACUCAGUAUUCCUAUAUUCCAGUGUGAUAAUGGACAUUUGGCUUGCUCCUCCUGCUGUCCCAAAUUGAAAAAUAAGUGCCCUUCAUGUGCUCUUCCUGUUGGCCACAGUCGCUGCAGAGCAAUGGAGACUCUUCUUAAAUCCGUUUUCCUCCCAUGCCAAAAUGCCAAAUAUGGAUGCACCGAAAGUGUAGCUUUCGGGAAAGAACCAACACAUGAAAAGGACUGCACUUUCGCUGAGUAUUGUUGUUGCCCUGUACAAUACUGCAAUUACGCUGGCUCAUACAUUGAUCUCUACCUUCACUACGUGUCUUCUAAUCACAUGACAGUUUCAGAACAAAUACGUGAUGAGUUAUGUAUUGGCAUUUCAUGUGGUAUCAAGAUGAACAUCAGUGAUAAGAUAUUAAUUCAAAGGGCAACUUUUGUUCAAAGGGCAACUGUGGAGAGACUAUUGUUUGCAGUGCAAUGUUUCAAGGAGCCGUUUGGGGUGUACGUUACUGUAAGUUGCAUUGCACCAUCUAUUCAAGAAGUUGGACCGUUCUCAUAUCGUCUCAUCUACACUGUGGAUGGACAAACUAUCAUUUACAAAUUAUCAGAGAUGAAGAAGAUUCGGGAAGUGAGCUUACAAACCCCUCAAGAUAACUAUAUGUUGAUUCCUCACAGUUUAUUGUGUGGUGAAUCGUUGGAAAUGAGGCUUUGCAUCAAGAUGUUGAACAUAGAGCACCACAGUUAAAGAGAGGGAUAUGAAAGGUCUUUUUUUUUGCUUUUUUUUUUCCUUAUGUGAACUCUAUCUAUCAGCUGGUCUAGUGUGAACUCUAUCUAUCUAUCUGGUAUGAUUUAUUUUGCGUGCUUAUUGUAGUUUGCUUUUGAGUUAGAGGGAUACAGAAGGUCCUUCUGAUUUAUAAGAUCGGAUUCAGUUGCUGUAGCCCAUUACUUAUAAUGAGCUCAAUAAUUUUAUAUGUGGAUGUUUCUUUGAUGCUCAGAUGAACAACAUUGACAAUAGUUUAGUUCCUUGUGAAUAUAGUGAGGAAAAACUAUUGUUAGGCUCAGUGUUAAUGGUACUGUUGGAUGCACUGAAAGUCUGAACCAUCUGCUCAAAGAAUAAUGGAAGUUCUCAUAUUGGUUUUAUUUAUGACUCAUAAGUUAUGAGUAAAAGUGAAGAGGAUUAUUGA